UCUAAGUCGUCUGACGCGGGCAUUGUUAGUUGUGUCUUUGCGUACAAGCAACCAACAGCAAAGACACUUCGCCUAUCUAAUCAUGCCAACGUACCAACGUCUACAGCAGUAUGCCAUUGCCAUAAGCAUUAUCAGCAUCCUCUACAACGGGGCGGAAGGAGCAGUCUCUAUCGCCAUCGGAGCAGAGAGCUCUUCCCGUUCCCUUGUCUUUUUCGGCAUCCAGUCAGGCAUCGAGGUCGCCUCUGCUGCCAUCGUCGUUUGGCGUUUCCGACACAUUGCGAAGCCGGGCGAGGAAGAUACGAUCGAGUUGUCGCCUGUUAAUUUACGCGUCGAAAAACUGGGAACAUGGGGUAUCGGUAUCCUCAUUGCAAUCCUUGCACUCGCAACCGAGGUCACCGCCAUAGUCGGCCUCGUUCUACACUCCGAACCCGACUCGUCUAACGCGUCGCUCAUCGUUGCUGCAAGUGCUCUCGUCUUAAUGAUUAUCAUCUGGUUGCCCAAGCGCACUCUCGCAGUCCGUCUUAACAGCAGCACAAUGAUGGGCGAAGCGACCUGUUCGCUUUCCUGCAUCCAAAUUACCAUCGUCCUCUUCAUCGGAUCGCUCGUAUUCAGACUCUGGCAUGGCGGUUGGUGGGUUGACAGUGCGACAUCACUUAUCCUUGGUAUACUGUUUGCCCGCGAAGCAUGGAAGAUGCUCUCAUGGGUGCGAGACCCCGAAUUCAAUGGCGGGUGCUGCGGCGGAUGUGCUACCAAUGGGCCGAGAAUUGAGAAAGACGCAGAGCUCGUGGAGCAGUACCGCGACCUGUGCGAAUGCUGCUACGAAAAGGAAGAAUGCCGGAAAGCAGACGCAUGCAAGUGCUCAACGAGCUCGGAGGAAACGUUGCCGUGCUGUGUACCGAAAAAUCCAGACGGGGAUUUGUGCUGCACCCACGAGCUUCUGCAGGGCGCCCGUACACAAUCCCAACGGAACGCCAAGGAGAUCCACCAAAUGCCGGACGGCAAUGGCAAAGACGUGGUGGACACGUGCUGCAGCAAGGACGAAGUGAUACCGACCGAUCAAGAUUCCUGUUGCAACGUCAAGGUCAUCAACCAAACCACAGAAGCCAGUUCAGCUAGUGAGACUAAUAAGAAGCAGAGUAGCAGUUGCUGCCAGAAAGGUUGCUGCUAAAGCACAAAGAAGCAAAUAUACAAACGGUUUUCAAAGCUCCAGGCAAACUGUUUCUGGGCGUUGUUAACAUUGCCAUCUUUGAACGAUAGAUGUACCAGUCGAAAUCUGCAUGCAGUUACAGUUCAUGUUUAUAAUGUUCAUAUACUGCAUAUGAUACACAAUGCUGUACCCUUGAUUGAUUAGAAAAAAAUAAAC